AUGCCCGGUAUCGCCCGCAAGAUUAUCAUCUGCGCUGCGGUCGACGGCCUUAUUAUCCAGCCAUUUGUGACCAAGGGACAGCGCCCCGCGCAGCCGCUCAGGAUCAAAUAUGGCGACGCUUCUAUCACCCCUGCAUCUCGAGAGCAGAUCCCCGAUGUCUCCCAACCAAACUCCUCCUUUGAAGCCUUCGGCGUUAUCGGACUCAUAACGGUCUCACGUUUGAGCUACCUGAUCACGAUUACGCGACGAAAGCAGGUCGCGCAAGUCUGCGGGUUCCCAAUCUACGUCGUCACCGAGGUCGCGGUGACCCCAUGCACCUCGCAGCAAGAAGCCGGGGAGGCUAUCGCGAAGACGGCCUCGGAGCUGCAAGACCGUAAUGCGGAUAAGGACGCUGAUGAAAGUGACAGUGACGACUAUGUCGAGCUCCCCACGAGCGGUGACGAAGUCGAGGAUCCCGCACAAGAAGCCAAGGCGGACAAAGACAAGGGGUCCGAGGCCGUGAAGAGUACUGUUGCUAAGGACGUUAUCGGCAGAAGAGGAAGUUAUGGGAGAUUCGCUCAGACCUGGUUCAGCAAGAGUGGAUGGACGCAAGACCAAAAGAGAUCUGCUGGCUGGAGCGGUGCUGCGCAUCAAGUCCGGCGCUCCGUCGAUCAUAGUCCCACAAAGGCUGUCCCUUCGCGCCCAGCAGUGGAGGACGAUGAGGAAUCGGCGCCAGCAUCUACAUUGCUGCCGAAGCUUCUCCGAACGACCCAUAUUCUCUUUGGCUCGUCGCGGAGCUUCUUCUUCUCAUACGACUUUGAUAUCACCCGGCGGUGGGCAAGCCAUUCGACGUCACAAUCCGAGGAAGUACCUCUCCAUGAGCGUGUAGAUCCGAUGUUCUUCUGGAACAGGAGCACCCUGAAGCCGUUCAUGGAAGCCGGGCAAGAUACGUUGUUACUUCCCUUGAUGCAGGGAUUCGUAGGCCAGACGAGCUUCGUGGUGGACAGCAGCCCUCCUCAGCAGGAUAAUGGGCUAGGAGAUGCCGUGGAGAUGUCUACCAUGAAACAAUCCGACACAGAGCUCCCCUCUCCGCCAUCAGAGAAAGCCCGCGACUCAAUCGAUCUUCGUUCUACCGAAAAAAAGUUCUUAUUGACGAUCAUCUCCCGUCGUUCAACGCAGAGAGCCGGUCUCAGAUACCUAAGACGAGGCAUUGACGAACAGGGCUUCGUUGCGAACGCCGUCGAAACGGAACAGGUUCUCUCGAGCACUUCCUGGGACAAGUCGUCAAAGACGUACUCCUUCCUACAGAUUAGAGGCAGUAUCCCGCUGUUCUUUACGCAGUCACCCAUCUCUUUGAAGCCCGCCCCUGUGAUCCAACACUCAGUCGAAGCAAAUUACAGCGCAACAAAGAGGCAUCUGGAGCGUCUGAAGAAAGAAUACGGCGGAUUGCAAAUUGUCAAUCUUGUCGAGAAACAUGGCGUCGAAGCAACGGUCGGCAACCAGUACGAAAAGACAGUAGAGAAACUCAACGAAGAAGAAUUCAAGGGCCAGGACGAGGCUGUUGCAUUCGAAUGGUUCGACUUUCACUCGGCCUGCCGGGGAAUGAAGUUCGAGAACGUCAGUUUACUUCUCGAGACACUCCGCAACAAGCUGGAAGCGUUUGGGAGCACUGUCGAAGAAGCUGGGCAGGUUACAGCCAAACAGCGAGGCGUUUUGCGCACCAAUUGCAUGGACUGCCUCGACAGAACCAACGUAUGCCAGAGUUCAUUUGGCAAGUUCAUGCUCGAGGCUCAGCUGAAGGCGGAGGGCUACGACCUCGCAGCUCAGGUGGACCAGCAAACACAAUGGUUCAACACGCUGUGGGCUGACAACGGCGAUGCGGUAUCGAAGCAAUACGCAUCUACGGCCGCCAUGAAGGGCGACUACACUAGGACGAGGAAAAGGAACCUUGGAGGCACUUUGAACGAUCUGGGUCUUUCGCUGACUCGAUACUACAACGGAAUGGUCAAUGACUACUUCAGUCAGGCCGCCAUCGACUUUCUUCUGGGCAACGUAAACUCUAUGGUCUUCCAAGAGUUCGAGGCUGAAAUGAUGACGAAAGACCCCGCCGUCUCCAUGCUGAAAAUGAGGGAGCAGGCCAUCGAGUUAUCCCGGAGGCGAGUCAUCUCGGACGAGAGCGAGGAGUUCAUGGGCGGCUGGGUUCUUUUCAGCCCUCAUCAGUCAGACACUCUGCGAGCCAUGCCUUUCGAGGAAGUGGUUCUUCUCUUGACCGAUGCUGCUAUCUACCUGUGCCGGUUCGACUGGAACAUGGACAAGGUCUCCUCCUUUGAGCGGAUCGACCUCGCCCACGUUGUCGGCAUCAAGUUCGGCACGUACAUCAUCUCGACGGUCUCCCCGGGCCAGACGGACGAGACAAAGAACGUAGGCUUCGUCGUGUCGUACCAGCCGGGCAAGAACGACGUCACGAGAACGAACACGAGAACGUUUUCGAACUUGGGCAUAACCAAAACCAAGACAGACCGCUCGCGGUCGUCGGAGGAGCAGCAACAACAGCCUCAAUCCGCACUGAGCAGUUUCCUGGGCGGUGGACGCCCCAAGGCCUUGCCGAUACGCAAGAUCGCCUUCAAGGCUCCGUACUCGCAGUCGUCUGCCGCUGUGACGGGCGAGGGACCGAAGCUCAGCGAGAUCCAGCAGGUUGUCAGCAUAUGUGCUGAUAUAGAACGAUUGGCGUUCCUGAGCCAGCCCGGCAAGGAGAAGCCAGGGACGGAAAGCAUUAUAGAGAAGGGCGACAUCAUCUCAUUGGAGGAGGCGAGACAGAGCACCGGCCUGCUAGACCACAUCAGCUACUCCCUGAAGAGACUCGUCUGGGCAUAG